GAGAUUCAAUCGAGUGCUUUCGAUCGAUUCUUUUAAGCGGUGGCGGAAAUCACGACUUCCGUAGCUUGCUUACCUCGGCCUAAAAAGUAAAAACUGACCUUGAUUUCUUGGUGGUGGUUGUGCACAUUGCCUUCUAGGGUAAUUUCGCCAUGGAUGUGAAACCCAAUUUCCCAAUGCAAUUCCAGCAGCAGCUUCCGCAGCUACAACAGCAAUCGGAGCCUCAAGCCGCAGCAACGCCAAGUACAAGCGCCAAUCAGCCGGCGGAGGCGCCGCCGAAGCAGGUGGCGAUGGCCGUGGACAGGCUAGCCCAGGCUGCGCGACUAAUUGCUGAUGUGAGGAUCGGCGCUGACCGGCUCCUGGAGGCGUUGUUCUUCGCCGCCCAGUCUCACCAGAGCGACAAGACCUUGCAGUUUUUGCUCAAGGAAGAUGCUAGCAUGCGCCAGCACCUCCAGGACCUGCGCACUGUUGGAAGGCAGCUAGAGGAAACUGGGGUUCUCAACGAUUCCAUGAAAUCUAGGGGUAACUCUUGGGGUUUGCAUAUACCAUUAGUGUGCCCAGAUGGCGCAGUUGUUGCUUAUGCGUGGAAACGUCAACUAGCUGGGCAGGCUGGUGCAUCUGCCGUGGACAGAACCAGGUUAGCUCUGAAGGCAUUCUCGGAUCAGAAAAGGAGAUUUUUUCCACGCUUUGAUGAUGAAUCGGAAGAUCAAAGUACAGAGCCAGAUUCUAAGAAACCUUGCAGGCCUCAGGCACCGUUAACGAGUCAGCUAGACGAACUUGGAGACUUCAAAUCUCUCGCUGAUGUUCUAGCUCGUGUGGAAAAGGAAGUCCCCAACGUCAAAGUUCUUAUGUACGAACGCCGCGAUUGGUUGAAACGAGCUUCUUCUUUACCGAGUUCAGGAAAUGAGAAGUUAAUUGAAUCAUCUAAAGAGCAUAGUUUUCACAGUUUAAAUAAAAUGCGAGCAGGACCACAGAGUGCAGGUGCCUCUGGAAGGACUUCUGUUAUUGAAAUAUCGUUUCCUUGUACCUUGAGAGCUGUAGUAUCGUUGCAUCCUGCCGGUUCCAUUAAUCCAGAUGCAGUUGCAUUCUUUUCCCCGGAUGAGGUAAGUCCUGUUAACCAGUUGAAUCACUCGUUUGUUCUAGUUGUCGGGUUAAGUUAUGGGCCCUCGUUUAGCAGACAUUCUGCACCUUGCAUCGUCUCGUACUAUUUGUUCUAGAAAAGCAUAGAGAUGUGAGGGUGAUACACAGUAGUUUGGAAGCCCAGAUAGGUUUUGUAAUUAUAUUGUCAAGCUUCAAUCAUGCUACCUGAUUAUUCCUUGAGGCUCUUGCUUCAUUCUUUAUCAACUUGAACUUUUCUAACUCCACGUUGUUGGGGAUUAUUUGCCUUUUGCCAGGGAGGCAGCUACAUGCAUGCCAGAGGUUCUUCCAUCUAUCAUGUCUUUAGACACAUCACGGAGCAUGCCGGUAUAGCUCUGCAGCAUUUUCUUGGAGUCAGGAGCGAAACUGCCUUAUACUUUCUUCUGAACUGGAUAUGCAGCUACCAGACAUUAUUUUCCAAAGUUUGCGGUAAAUGUGGGAAGCUAUUAUCAAUGGAUCGAAAAACAUCGACAAUACUACCUCCAGUCCGUCGUUCUUUCCGACAAUUCUACCCUGUUAGAGAAUCGCCAGCUGAAACCACUUCAUCAACCAAGGACCAAGUUUUCGAGAUCCCGGGAGCUUAUCAUAUCGGAUGCUAUACGGACGAGUUGUAGUUUCGAUUAGGUAUUAUACUAGGACCAAUGCAAAUGUUCAUUUCAUACCCUGAUCCUCCUAUCUUCUUUCCUUGGGAUUUAGUCAUUUUGACCACGAGGACAAAUGUGCAUCUUCUACUUCUAAUUCCAAUAGUUUGCUAGGCAAUGUUCAAACAAACCAUCAGCUGCGGAAAAGUCCACUUGCUGAUUUGGAGCCCUUGACCGUGUUCACAGUGAAGCUCGAAAUAAAAGGAAUUUUAAUCUA